UCGGGUUUACGGGUCAAGGUUAAGUCCGUUAAUUCCGGGUUUUAACCGAAAACCCGACCGGUUUUCACCUUCUCCUCUACGGUUAUGCUACUUCUGCAGUGAUAUCAUCAUCACCAGUCUCUCUAGUUAAAACCCGACCCGUUUCCAGGUUUUGGAUCCAAAACCGGCGACGAGGAUAGCUCCGGUCAUGGACUUCUCUACAGCGACGACGACGACUACUUCUACGUCUACGGCGACGAACGGUUUCAGUUCGCCGCGUGACUCUUCUUUCCCUUCGAGCUUCACUAAGUUUAACUCCGCUUUAACGGCGGGUCUUCUGAAUCCGAUGUCUCCUCCUCCGCCUCCGGCGAUGCUCGACAAGACGCGGUCAAGUCCGACGCUAUUCGAGAUGAUGGCUAGUGAAGCUGAUACCAUAGGGAGAGUUCCGGUUCAGAUCCAGAACGGCGUGCUUCCGUCUUCGAAUUCGUCGUCGUCGUCUUCUUCGGCGGCGGCUUUGGCUGCGAGGACGGCGAAUGGGAAUCAUCUCGUCAUUUCCGCUCAGGAUAAGCAGGCGCUUGCAAUGCAGCGGAUUUCGGAUCUUCUGUUGAUUCGGAGCCCCGGGAAUCAGUUUAACGACCCGACUUCGAGUGACGUCAAGCUUACUCUGAGCUCUAAGGACGGGAUUAGCAUCACGAUGUGCGUGCACAGGCAGAUUCUUGUAGCUCACAGUAGGUUUUUCGCUAUGAAAUUGUCGGAUCGAUGGUCGAAGCAGCAGCUGCCGCCUUCGUCUUCUCCGUACAUUGUCGAGAUCUCAGAUUGUGAUGACGUUGAGGUGUAUAUCGAGACGCUGAUGCUAAUGUACUCUAGGGAUCCAAGGAAGAAGAUGAUGAGACAGGACGUGUCUAGAGUUCUUGGUAUUUUGAAGGUUUCAGCAGCAAUUGGAUUUGAUGCAGGUGUACUGUCAUGUCUGGAGUACUUGGAAGCAGCACCAUGGUCUGAGGAUGAAGAAUACAGGAUUGCUUCAUUGUUGUCUGAGCUACACCUUGAAAACGUUGGGGCAACAGAGGUUCUGAGAAGGGUUUCUGUAGAAGCUAGCAGUGGUAACAGUACAAGUAAUGGUGGCAGCAACGAUGAGGUGCUUCUAAAUCUUUUGCAUAUAGUUCUUGAGGGCAAAGACGAGAAAGCGAGGCGUGACAUGAAAACCCUUGUUUCCAAAAUGCUUAGAGAGAACUCGUCUGGAAAUGAUCUUAGGAAAGAGUCGUUGUACUUGGCUUGUGACGGGUGUUUGCAUAAGCUUAAGCGGCAGUUUCUACAAGCAGCAGAGUCUGAUUUGGAGAAUGUAGAUCAGAUAGCAAGACAAGCGGAUAAUCUGCAUUGGAUUUUGGACAUUUUGAUAGAUAGACAGAUCGCAGAGGAUUUUCUGGUGAUGUGGGCUUCUCUUUCUGAGCUAUCACAGGUGCAUGCUAAGGUUCCCGUGGUUCACAGGUUUGAGAUUAGUAGAGUAACAGCAAGGAUCUUUGUUGGUAUUGGAAAGGGGCAAAUUCUGACACCAAAGGAAGUGAGGUGUUUGUUGCUGAGGAACUGGUUGACACCUUUCUAUGAUGAUUUUGCGUGGAUGAAGAGAGCGUCAAAAGGGCUUGAUCGGUAUCUAAUCGAGGAUGGUUUAAGCAGUACCAUUCUCACUCUACCUCUUGCCUGGCAACAAGAGUUCUUCCUAGCUUGGUUUGAUCGGUUCCUGAAUUCGAAUGAAGACUGUCCCAAUAUGCAGAGAGGCUUUGAAGUUUGGUGGAGACGGGCGUUCUGGAGAAGGAAAGAACAGAGUCAAGAGCCUGCUCGGCUAAGAAUCAUAGCUUCAGCCACUGAAAACGCUUGAGAGAUCAUUCAGGUUUGCUUAACCACUGUGUUUGCUUUCUGGCAAGAGGAUCACACGAUGAGGAGGAAGAUGAAUGUAAACCGAAAAGAGAAGGUAAUGUGAGAUCUUGGACUCGAGAUUGGCAAUGAUGAUUGGAGUUAUGUAAGCUUUAUCGGAUUUUAAUACCUCGAUCUUGGUUAGAAUUAGUUUGAUACAGGUUUUGCAUGAACUUGAUCGUUGGAAGUAGUUUUCAUUUUGAUGAGACGGAGCUCGUUUUGUACAUCUCUCUGAACCCAUUUUAAUCUCCAAUUUCUCUACUUUU